UUGAAGCGAUCGCACGCUUAUCUUGAGGCUUCCUCAAUUUAUUGUUGUUGCUUUUUUCAUGCACUGUGUGAUGACAUAAUUCAAAUACUUGCGAUACUAGUUGGAAAAUAGUUGAACAUUUUAUUGUAUUGCACUGUAAUGAUAAGAAUACAACUAAAUAUUUGAUUGCGAUAAGUUUGUUACGCAAUAUUAUUAUUUAAAUAUUCAAUUCAAUCAGGCGAACGAUUUCUAGUAUAUUCAUGAAAAAAAAUGGUGAUAGUAAUAUGCUGAAAGUGAAUUCCAUUUGCAGAAUAUAAUAAAACCGGCAAUGUGUAAAUGUAUUAAUAUUUUGAAUACUCCAUACGGCCACGUUUUUAUAUAAAAAUGAAAUUCGUUUACAUCAAAAGGUUUUCUUUUUAUGUCAAGUGAAGAAAUCAAACCGAUUGAACACAGUUUCUAAAUAUAAUCUAACGUGGGGCCACGCGUGCGUUCAGUGGAAUAGUAGUAUAUAGUACAAAUUUAUAUAGCAGUUUAAUUGAACGAUUCUUGUGAAUCAUUGAAUAUUGCUUCUUCCAUAAAUGGAAAUGUUUGCAUUUUUAUUUGCUGCCUUAAUUGUGUUAUUGUGUGCAUAUUGGCGGGUAGCUACAAAAAGACCGACACAAUAUCCGCCAGGUCCACAAUGGUUGCCAAUUAUUGGAAACACUUCACUUCUUCGCAAUGAAACCAAAAAAUAUGGUAGACAAAUUGACGUUUUUCGCGUUUGGAAGAAACUUUACAAUAGUUCGAUCAUUGGCCUUAAAUUGGGGAGAGAAUUAGUUGUUGUUGCAUUGGACUAUUCGCUUAUUCAUAAAGUGCAUACAAGUAACGAAUAUGAUGGACGGCCAGACAAUUUCUUUCUUCGCUUGCGAACGAUGGGAUCGAGAUUGGGAAUUACAUGUACAGAUGGCGAAAUUUGGUCAGAACAACGAAAUUUUGUAUCACGACAUCUUCGCAAAACAGGUUACGGUCGUAAUGCAAUGGAAGAACUAAUACAACAUGAGAUGAAAGAUUUAAUUCAAGUAAUCGAUGAAUUCAAUGAGCAGCCAGUGUGCUCGGGUAAUAUUGUGUCGAUCGGUGUGUUGAAUGUUUUAUGGACUUUUACUGCAGGUAAAAAAAUUUCGAAUAAUGAAAACUUGACACAUCUAUUGGACUUAAUGAGGCAAAGAAGUAAAGCGUUCGAUAUGUCUGGUGGAUGGUUGAAUACAAUACCAUUUUUACGAUUCAUUGCACCGGAAAGAACUUCAUUCAAUUUGAUUAAACACUUUAAUGCUGAACUCUGUAAUUUCUUUAAACCAAUCAUCGAAGAACACAAACGUGAAUUCAGCGCGGACAGAAUUGACGAGGAUUUAGUGUUUGCAUUUAUAAAUGAAAUGAAACGAAAUGAAGGUGUCCCAUCGAAUUUCACUGACACACAAUUGAUUAUGGUGAUUUUAGAUUUAUUUAUUGCCGGAUCACAGAGUACUAGCAAUACAAUUGAUUUCAUCCUAAUGUCUUUGGUUCUAAAUAAAGAUAUCCAAAAGAAAUGUCAUGAAGAAAUCGACGCUGUACUCAGUGCAGACGACAUACCAUCAUUAAAAGAUAAACCAAAAUUAAGUUAUAUUGAAGCCGUAAUUUUAGAAACUCAGCGCUAUUAUAAUAUUGUACCUGUUUCGGGACCUCGUCGGGUAUUGAACGAUACAGAGCUUGGUGGAUUUCAUUUACCAAAAAAUACCACCGUAUUGAUUGGGUUGGAAACAAUCCACAUGGAUACAGAAUAUUGGGGUGAUCCAGAUGUGUUUCGACCGGAAAGAUUUUUAGAUUUUGAUCGAAAAAUUGUAAAUACGGAACGAUUUGUGGCAUUUGGACAAGGCAGGCGAAAGUGUUUAGGAGAAGCUCUGGCUCGUGCAUCAUUAUUCAUAUUUACGGUUGGCAUUCUACAGAAAUUCUCGUUAGAAAUUCCACUAAAUGGUAAACUGCCCGAAAAACGAACUCAAGCAGGUCUUCUAACAACACCAACACCAUAUAAAAUAGUAUUUAAACAUCGCUAAAAAUGUCAUUCUAUUCGUUUUCAAAGCUGUUACAAUAUAUGUAUCUGUAUUGUAUAUACAUAUAAGAUUUAAUCCGCUGAAAUCUAAUAAAACCAAUAAUUUAAUUAUCUAUCACAUUUGAAACCAAA